CCAAGGUCCAGCAUUCGUCCCAUCCUCCCUCCUCCCUCGGAUUGAAGAUGCGAAAUGAAAGGCUUCAAUCCGAAUAUCCACUAUUCGUCCCCAUAAGCACAGCAGCCUGAGGCAUCCACCUCUCAGCCUCCUCCCAUUUAAUCCAUUCCUCUCUCUUUCCUUCUCUCUUUCUCCUUCUCUCCUCGCCUCUUCUACUCUCUGACAACCCCAUCACCCCAUCAAGAACAUCAUGUCGCUGAAUCUCGUCGAGGUCGACUCCCUCGAAGCCAUCGUCAUCGUCGACAAUGAGCUGGAUCCUCUCUCUCCUCCCCCGCCAGACACUGUGCAGGUCUCGGGUCUGAUGGGCCACCUGGCCAUGAAUUCCCCCCAUACGCUCACCGACCGUGGUGACGCUUCCAAGGAGCUUCAGAUGGAGGACAUCUGCUGCUCGGCUCAUGGCCUCUCCAUCCUGGUGACUGCCACCAAAGGCGAUGUAAGCCACUCGGUUCUGUUCGAUGCCGGUCCGGAGAACGACGUCUGGAGUCGCAAUGCACGACGCCUGCGACCGAAUCUCUCCGCCGUGGAACUGGUGCAGCUCUCCCAUUGGCAUCGCGAUCAUUCCGGCGGUCUUACCCAGGCCAUCAAAAUGAUCACGGACGCUAAGAAAGCCGAAGGUCGGUCGGACCAGCUGCUGGUGGAUCUCCAUCCCGAUCGCCCUGACUACCGUGGCUUCAGUAUCGGCGAGACCAUCAUCUCUCUUCAGGCGGAUCCCACCUUCGAAGAGCUUGAGGAAGCCGGUGGUGUUGUCCAGAAACAUGCCGAGUCACACACGGUGCUCGACGAUUUCUUCUUGAUCUCGGGGGAGAUUCCCCGUCAGACCCCAUACGAAACAGGCCUCAAAACCGCAAUGCGCUUCGACAAGGAGAACGGCUGGUUCUCUGACGAAGUGAUCGCCGACGAGCGUCUUCUCAUGUGCAAUGUCAAAGACAAAGGUAUCGUCGUGUUCACCGGCUGUAGCCAUGCCGGCGUCGUCAACUGCUCCCGACAUGCCGUCAACAGCCUUGGAGGCUCGGUGCCUCUGCAUGCAGUCGUAGGAGGCUAUCAUCUUGUCGCCAGCGACGCCAGCCAGAUGGCCAGCACCGUCCGUGACCUCAAGAAACUUGACCCUGCCGUUCUGCUGCCGGGACAUUGCACUGGCUGGAGGGCCAAGUUCGCCAUUGAGAAACAGAUGCCCGGGUCUAUGGUGCCUUGCACCGUGGGUUCUAGAAUCACUUUCUAGUCGAAUAAUCUACAGCUCGUCUCAUCGCAUCCCAAAGGCUACUGGUAGCCUCUGCGGUUGGUGAUUUCACGUUCGAGCGAUAUCAAGUGAGAUAACAUUACCCGUUCAGCGCGUAUGCAGGUAUUUUCGAUAUG